GGCAGCGUUUCUUUCGCAGAGGCUUUUGGGUGGAGAAACUAAUGCGAGAGGGCGGAUAUUUCAAAGAAGAAACUAACAUGGCUGUCUCAAAUUCAAAUGUAAUUUCUAGUUCUACUUAUAUAUUUCCUAACCAAACCAACCAACUCUACCCUCGCCAUUUAUUGUAGUAAUCUGUCGAUUUUGCCGUCUCUCCUUCUCUGCAAGCUCCUCUCUCUUUCGAAUCCCUGCAUUUCUUGGCUACCGUUUCUUUUCUCUGACGAUGGAGUCAUCCGCUGCUCUCCGAUCCUUUCACUUUUCUGUAGGCUCUGUUUCACGUAUGCGAUCCUUGCCAGAAAGGUCUGCUAUUGUUCCUGUGAAAAAUGGCAGCUGGUCCAUGCUGGCUAAAAUGAACACUCGAGGCUUCACAAUUUGCAGGAAGAUCAUUUCUUCUCCAGCAAAGCGAAAUGAAACUUCAGUAUCAUGUGUAAAGACAUCUGAAGCUGGUGUAGCAGCCAAGGGGGAUGACAGUAAAACAAAGGAGAAAACCGUUCGACGAACCACAAGUUUUCCAAAUGGAUUUGAGGCAUUGGUGUUGGAGGUUUGUGAUGAGACGGAGAUUGCUGAGUUGAAAAUGAAGAUCGGGGACUUCGAAAUGCAUGUGAAGCGGAAUGUUGGAGCCACAAAAGCUCCAAUGUCAAACAUCUCUCCUGCCACACCACCACCUAUUCCAACUAAGCCCAUGGAUGAAUCAGCUCCUGUUGCUCCACCACCAUCACCACCCAAAUCCUCUCCAGAAAAAGUCAGCCUGUACACAAACAUAUCCUCUCAGAAUUCACCUAAGUUGGCUGCCUUGGAAGCUUCUGGAGUCGGUGGAUAUGUUAAAGUAGCUUCUCCAACGGUUGGCUCAUUUCGAAGGAAUAGAACAGUAAAAGGAAAGAAGCAGCCUCCUAUCUGUAAAGAGGGGGAUGUGAUCAAAGAGGGGCAAAUAAUUGGAUAUGUGGAUCAAUUUGGUACUGAACUUCCGGUGAAGUCGGAUGUGGCCGGAGAGGUCUUGAAGCUCCUUUUUGAUGAUGGAGACGCUGUUGGGUUCGGGGACUAUCUCAUUGCUGUCUUGCCAUCAUUUCAUGGUAUCAAGUGAGCAUUUUUUUUCUCUAGCCGAUAGAAAUUUUGCCGGUUUCAAGUCAUUGCUUGUUUGAAAGCUUUAAGCUUUGAAGUUAAUUUGCAAAGUCCUGUUCCUUUCACAAUUCCUUUGCUAUUUUACAACUAGUUGUAAUGUGUACUUCAUAUUGCUGAACUAACUAAUUAUAACAGAUUAUGACUA